AUGGCUGGCAAAAAGGACAAGAAGAAGGUCGACAAGAAGGCGCGAGUUGCCGAAAAGACGGCCCGAAAGACGGCGCAGAAGGAGAAGAAGAACACAAAGAAGGGCAAGAACAAUGCCGACGAAGAGGUCGAGGAUGUGGAUCUUGACCAGGUCCUUGCUGAAUAUGCGUUGCAGCAAGCACAAUUCCUCAAAGUCACCGAAACACCACUGAGCACGCCGCCGCCGGUGCGCGCAAAUGCGACGCUGACGGCCUCGCCGAACGGGAAGGAGCUGUUUCUGUUUGGCGGCGAGACGUUCAACGGGUCGAUCGCAAAGUUCUUCAACGAGCUGUACAUCUUCAACGCUGACCGCGAGGACUGGCGGCAGAUUACGUCCCCAAACUCGCCGCUACCACGGUCCGGCCACUUUGUAGCGUCGAGCCAGCACGGCGGCGGCAGCGGGUCGCUAUGGCUGUUUGGUGGAGAGUUUAGCUCGCCGAAGCAGGGCACGUUCUACCAUUACAAUGAUUUCUGGCGCUUCGACUGUGCUUCACGCGAGUGGAACCGCGUGGAAGGUAAGAGUAGCGGUAAGGCCGGGGGCGGGACACCCCCGGCGAGGAGUGGACAUCGUAUGGUGGCGUGGAAGAACUUUAUCCUGCUGAUGGGCGGCUUCCAGGAUACGUCAACGACGCCAAAGUAUCUAGCGGAUCUGUGGGCGUUUGAUACGGUCCAUUAUACGUGGACCCAGAUCUCGCUCCCGGCGCAUGCACAGCGCCCAGAGGCUAGGUCCAGCUUUUCGUUCCUGCCACAUGAGGCGGGCGCGGUCAUAUAUGGUGGGUAUGCCCGUGUAAAGACCUCAGCGCUGCCAAGCGCGGGCAAGAAGGGCGCAAAAGCGCAGGGGAGUAGUAAGUCGGUGACCUAUAAACCUGUCAUGUAUCAAGACACAUGGCUGCUUAGGAUGGACCCGGACCUGUCGAAGGUGCGCUGGGAGCGCCGGAAGAAGCCCGGUAAUCCGCCGAAUCCACCUCGUGUUGGUGUGACUAUGGCGUGGCACAAGGGGAGAGGAAUUCUCUUUGGUGGUGUCCGUGACGAGGAGGAGACGGAGGAAGCUCUGGAUAGCGAGUUUUUUAACGACUUGUUUGCGUGGGGUACGGACCGGAAUCGGUUCUUUCCUCUUGUGCUUCGGAAGCCCCGGACGCAGCAGAAGAGAGUAGCCGAGAGAGGCGGGGGUAGAAGAGAUAGGGCAAAGGAAGACGAAGAAGAGCUUCUACGAAAUCUUGCAGCCCUGGAAGCGACUGGGAAGAUGGCUUCUGAGACACCUGAAGUAAAAGUAGAAAUGGAUAUUGACGAGUCCGAGAAAAAGAAAGCCCCCGUAGAAUUAUCAUUAGAAUUACCCCACAAAAGGUUUAACUGUGCCAUGGCCGUACUGGAUGAUGUGCUCUACGGCUAUGGAGGGACAUUCGAGAAGGGUGAUAGAGAAUUCAUGAUGGAUGACAUGUUUGCCAUUGACUUAGGUAAACUUGAUGGCGUUCGAACAAUAUUCUCUCGUAAAGACGAAACCGUCUGGGAGGACAGCGAGGACGAAGACGAGGAUGACGACGAAGAUGAUGAUGAAGACGAAGAAGACGAAGAUGAGAUGGAUGUCGACGAUGAAGGAGAAGCUGAAAAAAUAGUUAUCGGCGAUGAAGAAAUCGAAGCAAGGCGGAAAGAGAAAGUAAAGCGAAAGAAGGAGAAAGGAAAGGAAACUGUUCCUGAAGCCGUCCCAGAACCCAUUGUUGAGGAUGAGGAGGAAGCACCGAUCGAUGAAACCCCCGAUCCUACCCCUCACCCACGUCCAUUCGAAACACUCCGCGAAUUCUUCGCGCGUACCUCGACCGCAUGGCAGGAUCUUCUCAUUGCACAACUUGAAUCAUCAGCUGGUGAAAAGUCAAAGACGAUCAAGGAGCUUCGAAAAGUCGCGUUCCAGACUGCAGAAGAUAAGUGGUGGGCAUGUAGAGAGGAGAUUAGAGCGUUGGAGGACGAGCAGGAAGAAGCGGGGAUUGGUGAGGUGGUUAAUAUGGCCGAUAUGGCUGCUGGAACUGGCGGCGGUGCUGGGGGUGGGGGAGUGGGGAGGAGAAGAUGA